AUGGCUCCAUCGGCGGUGGAAACAGUCGCUGAAGGCCACACGGAGACAAAUGGCAAGACUGCAGCAUUUAAACCCCACGAAGAACUUCAAUACAUCGACCUCAUCCGCGACAUCUUCCAAGAUGGCGAGCAUCGACCAGAUCGCACGGGCACCGGCACACUCUCGAUACCAUUCCCGCCGCAGCACAAAUACACUCUCUCGAAGCCAGAUGGCACUCUUGUUUUGCCUCUUCUCACGACAAAGCGAGUGUUCUUGAGAGCAGUUGUGGCAGAAAUACUCUGGUUCGUGGCCGGCGACACGAAUGCAAAGACCCUGCAAGAUCAGAACGUACACAUUUGGGACGGAAAUGGCAGCAGAGCAUACUUGGACUCUGUCGGACUGUCACAUCGAGAAGAGGGAGACUUGGGACCUGUAUACGGCUUCCAAUGGCGGCACUUUGGUGCAGAAUACAAAGAUUGUCAUACCGAUUACACUGGCCAAGGAGUCGACCAACUGGCCGAAGUAAUACACAAGCUGAAGACAAACCCAUACGAUCGAAGGAUAAUCCUAUCUGCAUGGAACCCCGCAGACAUGAAGAAGAUGGCUCUCCCGCCUUGCCACAUGUUUGCGCAAUUCUACGUCUCCUUCCCAGGUUCUUCACCCACACGACCGGACGGCAGCAAGCGUGGAACACUGCACACGCUCCUAUAUCAGCGGUCGAACGAUAUGGGUCUUGGUGUACCUUUCAACAUCGCCUCGUAUGCCCUUCUCACACAUAUGAUCGCGCGGGCUACCGAUCUCAUUCCUGGGAGUUUGACUCACACCAUGGGCGAUGCCCAUAUCUAUUUGGAUCACCGGGAAGCCCUCGAAGUUCAGAUACAGCGUGAGCCUCGAGACUUUCCGACACUGGCAAUCGAGCGAGAAGUAGGGUGCAGUAUCGAUGGGUGGAAAGCCGAGGACUUCAAGGUUCUGGAUUACAAGCCGUACGCGGCUGUCAAGAUGAACAUGAGUGUAUGA